AUGAAAUACAUUAAAAAGGUGUGGCUACAAAGCCAAGAUAAAUUAAAAUCUGAUUACGUUAGUCAAACCAAAAAAUUUGGAGGUGGAGAUAUAAUAGUUUGGAGCUGUAUAACCUCACGUAGUGUUAGUGAGAUAUGUCACAUCGAAACUCAUCUAGAUAAUAAAGGUUAUCGCAUAAUUCUGGCCAAAGAUCUUUUUGGCACCUUACUUGAAUAUGACUUAGAUCUUAAAGAUAUCAAUCAAAGAAAUAUUAAUAUCCUUAAAUGGCCUCUAUAUUCUGCUGACUUAAACCCAAUAGAAAAUGCUUGGAGUGAAAUAAAAAAAUGCCUAGAAGAGCGUUUAAAAAAGCAAGAGCAAGAGCAAGAAACAGCUACAAAAAAAGAAAAGCUAAAUAAAUUGUAG